GGAAAGGAAGAGGAAGGUCGGGCCAGUAAGAAGCUGGCCAAUUGGCUCCCGUUCGGGCCCGGGUUUGCAGGGAUUUCAUACCCAGAAAUUGCGGGUGGUGUUAGAACAGUGGAUGAUUUGCAAUGGGUCGUAAACGUCCAAACUGGCGUUUCAAUGAAGCACACGUUAGUGAAGAACUCAAGAUAACGGUAGCUCUCGCCCUGAAGAAACUUAUGCAAAAUGGUGACCAAAAGGAGCUGGAGUUUCCAUCUUCUCUUACUUCUGAAGAAAGGAAGUACAUCCACUUUGUGGCUCAACAGAUGGGGUUCAAAAGCAAAAGUCGUGG